AUAAAAUGAGAAUCAGUGCGCCCUCACCGUUCAUCAUCCUUUUAUAGACGUCGCUCUUUCCAUACGGUGAAUAAGCGACCAGAAUCAUCAUGGCUCCUUCAGUGAGGCCACUGUUCAAACCGACCAUUGUCAAGAAGAAGCUCAAACACUUCAAACGUCACCAAUGUGAUCGCUACUUGAGAGUCAAGCCCAGCUGGCGUCGUCCUAAGGGUAUUGACAAUCGUGUGAGGAGGCGAUUCAAGGGUCAGCUUCGUAUGCCAAACAUCGGUUAUGGAAGCGCCAAGAGCACCCGCCACAUGCUACCCACUGGCUUCCGCAAGUUCCUUGUACACAACGUUAAGGAGCUCGAAGUUCUUAUGAUGAGCAACAGGAAGUUCGCCGCUGAGAUUGCCCAUGGAGUCUCCUCUCGCAAGCGCAAGUCCAUCGUCGAGCGCGCCCAGCAGCUGGCCAUCAAGGUCACCAAUGGCAACGCCCGUCUCCGCAGCGAGGAGAACGAAUGAUCAUGUGACUCUACAAACAUUUCCCCAUACAUGUAUAGACAUUACCAAGAAGAUCAUGUUGACUACAGAACCACACAGAUAUAGGAUUACAGCGACAUCUCAAGUCAUUGAAAAGGAACUGUAGAGACAGGAGCGAUACUGUUGUUGAAGCGAAGGAUUCUUUUCAUGGUUUGAAACACACAAUAAACCCAUCCUUAUUGAAGCCAAA